GAUUUGGGAUUUUGUGCGAUGGUUUGGGUGUUUUUAGGGUUUCGGUGGAAGUUAGGUGAUUUAGGGGGAAGGAGGAGAGAAGUGAUGGCGCCGGCGUGAGGGAGGGAUGGUCUAGGUGCUGGCGCCGGCGUGAGGUAGGGUCUGCGGCAGUGGUUGGGGGCUUCGGAGGUGCGAUGGAUUGGGGAGAGGGUGGUGGUAAGGUGGUCGGUGGCUGGGUUGAUUUUUUAUUUUGUUUUUUGAUUUUUUUUUUAAGUUUUUAUUUUUAUUUUUAUUUUUCAACUAAUCUGUGAUGACACGCGUCACAUUAACCUGAUAUAACAAGUUGGGUGACCGAUUGAGAUCAUUUUGGAUGAAUGACCCCCAUAGUUCGGAUUAUUUAAAAAUAAUCUAAAGUUGAUAUUAUUUUAAGUGAAUUUGCGAGAGUUGAGAUUAUUUCAUUAUUUUUAUAAUUUUUCCUAUUUUGAAAUGGAGGGAGGAUUAGUUUGACAAAUUUUUCUUUAUCUAUUCACUGCGGAGUAUUUAUAAACUCCUUUUCACUUCACUUUACGCUGCACCCUCUCUCUCCUCUAUUGAAGCGCACUCCAAUUCCCCUGACCUCUAUUGAAGUAUACUCCGUGUUCCUCUGUUGAAGUGGCUUCUCACCUUUUUCUCCUCCAUUGAAACAGCUUCUUAGAAUAUUGUUUAUUAUCAUUCAAUGUUAGGAUGGAAGUAUGACUAUGGACCUUUUCUCCUUGGACCUAGGGUGGGUGCCCCUCCUGCCCUGACUCGGGGACGGGCCGGUAAAUUAUUUAGCCCUUUCCCUAGAAUCCGCACUUUAACUGCUACAUUCGUCAAUCCUGUUCCUGCAAUUGGAGCUUCUGUUGUUCAAUUUCGAUGUACUGUAACUCUUCGCGAGCUGUGUCAAGGUCAUGUGCCUGAGCCUGUGCUCCGCAGGAUGGACGAAAAUGGAUUUAUUCAACCAACAGAAGUGCAGCAACAAGGUCUUCCUGUACUAUUCACGGGUUCUGACUGUGUACUGCAUGCUCAGACAGGUUCUGGGAAGACCUUGACAUACCUCCUUUUAGUAUAUUCAAUAAUUAAUACUCAAAGAUCUGCUGUUCAAGCAUUAAUUGUAGUGCCAACAAGGGAGCUUGGUAUGCAAGUUACAAAAGUUGCACGAAUGCUGGCUGCAAAGCCAUCAGAUUUUGGAUCAGAGCAGCAAAAAUCAUGCACAGUCAUGGCCCUUCUAGAUGGAGGACUGUUGAAAAGACAUAAAACUUGGCUAAAGGCAGAUCCCCCAACCAUCGUGGUGGCUACAGUGGCAAGUUUGUGUCAGAUGCUUGAGAAACAUGUGUUAGAUCUUGGAUCAAUGAGAGUGCUGGUAGUUGAUGAGGUUGAUUUCAUGUUUAACUCCUCCAAACAAGUUAGUUCCCUGCGGAAGUUGCUCACCUCAUAUUCAUCAAGCCGUUCUCGUCAAACUGUAUUUGCCAGUGCAUCUAUUCCUCAGCAUAGACGCUUUCUGCAUGAUUGUGUGCAGCAGAAAUGGACCAAGAGCAAUGUAGUCCAUGUCCAUGUAAAUGCAGUUGAACCAAUGCCUUCACGCUUGCAUCAUAGAUACAUGAUUUGUCCGAGAAGUCAGAGAUUUCAAGCUAUUUUUUCAUUGCUGCAAUUCGAUUUGCCCGAGUCUGCCAUACUUUUUGUCAAUGAACAGUCUGAAAAGUCAAAAAAGGCAGGAGAUAUACCGACAACUACUCUGCUGAUUGAGCAUUUAAAAAGCUCGUGUGAAGAAUUUUCCAACAUUUCACUUCUCGAGGAAGACCAGAAUUUCAAUUCCCGAGCGGCUUCUCUCUUCGAGGUUAGAAAAAAAAGUUGCUAUCUUAUUGUGGCGACGGAUCUAGCAGCAAGGGGAGUUGACCUUCCAGAGACGACACAUAUAUACAACUUUGAUUUGCCAAAAAGUGCAGUGCACUAUCUACAUAGAGCUGGCAGGGCAGGUAGGAAACCAUUCUCAGAUGCCAAAUGCAUUAUAACAAGUAUUAUAGCUCCAGAGGAACAUUUUGUCUUGCAACGUUUUGAACAUGAAUUGAAGUUUAAUUGUGAAGAGCUCUUCCUGUGAUAGCUCAAUGUAUUAUGUUUAGUCAUAUCUUUUUUUUUUUCUUUUUGUAUUUUUUUGUAUUUUUCCCCCUUUUGUUGCUUGUAGUAUUUUAUAUACUUGGGUGCAAAGCGCUAUAAUAAAAUGCAUUUUAGAAAUAUUAAAGCUCUCA